AUACCUGAAACACCAGCUACAAGUUCUGGGGCAGCAACUUUUACCAGUGGGACCUUCAAUUCCCCAGCAAUGGCAUUGGCAAGCAGGGUUUUCCCACAACCAGGGGGACCAUGAAGCAGAAACCCUCUGGGUGGUGUGAUACCAAUAGAUUGAUAAAUUUCUGGAUGGCUGAUGUGUAUCAACAGUUUGCACACCUCUUCCAAGGUUUUGUCCAUGCCACCAAUAUCUUUGAACUUCAAUGACUGAUCUUUGGAACUGCUAGUUGUUUUCUUCUUUUUGUUGGGAGCAAAUUUCAUGACUGUGGCAUAUGUAAGCUUGCGCUUCUUACCCCUGUCACUGUGGUCUGGAUUGGGUUCAGCUGUUAUUGUGAGCUCUGUACCAUUUUUGUUGGGGAUAACUUUGUUUUGUGCAGGACCUGAGAGAGCAUCAUCAUCGUCACUGCUUAUGUCUAUCAAUUCACUCUCUUCCAUGCCUUUCUGAGUGUUCUUUCUGUUGUACAAGGCAAGCAUUUGAUUGUUCAUUGAAUUGUUGAGCUGUUCAUGAGUGUUGUCUCCUGGAUCUAUACUACUCUCGUCACUGUUCACAGUAUCGCCAUCCGAAUUGUCCUCGUUCAUUCCAUAGCUCGCUAAAACGAUAGAAUAUGCUUUGUUGACUGCCGCACGAAAUACACUGCGUUUACGUUUGGAGUACUCUCUGUACUGCCCUUGCAAAUGAUCAGCCAUCACAUUGAUAUCCACAUAGGUUUUGUCGACAUUUGAUUCCAGAUACUUUUGUACGCGAGGUACUAAUGUGGGAUCAGACAUGUACGGCAUUUUAUGGCGUAAAAUUUUAGGUAGAUCCAAUUCAACACUUACUCAUACGAAUCACUAGUUUUAAAUAUAUAUUUCGUCACACAUUCAAGUCCGAAUUUUCUUGUUCCUGUACACAAUAACACAAAAUAAAAAGUAUCAAAAUGCGUACUUAGCGUCUGUUGUAAUAUUUUAGGUUAGCUUACAGUUGGCCAUUUUUGCUUUUCUUUUCAACUUUUCAAGAUGAAGAUGACAAAUAAACAAGUUUGUUCGAUCGAGUGCUCGUUGUCGUUUAGUGUAGAAAGAGCCGUGUUCUGGGACUCAGAACAUCGUUAUGGCAAAUGUUGCAAUAGCGAAUGUGGGACAUGGAUAAUAAUGUAUGAGCCUUAAAAGAAAGAAGACGAAUAAGAACUGACAACUGUCCGGAUAGUCCUAGUAGCUAAGAUCCUAAAACUAUCAAGAAGAAUAAUCAACAUUGAUGGGUGACAUUAUAACUGUCUAUAUUCAAAAAAGUAGAUAUAAAAUUAAAAAUAACGGUUUUUUUUGUUUUGUUGAGAAUGUUUGUAGAUUGAAACCAAAUCAUCUGAAUCCAAUUUCGGUGCAAUUUGAAAAAUACCAAAACAAUAUGGAAGACAUCAUAACUUUCGAUAAAAGCCUUCAACAACGUUAUCAGGAAUACAGUGAGAUUUUGUCCAGCAAUGAUAUUCUUCCAUCAUCACAGUUAUCCAAACAGUGGGCUCUCCAUGUAGAAAUGACUGUGGAAAAUAUUGGCUGGCAAGCUAUUUGGAAAAUACCUCGCCUCACUUGUGAAUCUCUGCAUAUACAUUUUCCCUCAUAUGUACUAGUCUUUGUUUUAAACAUAGAUGCCCAAAAACUGAAAGUUCUAGUUCGAGUUCUAGCUGUGCAAGAGGAUAUCCAUAUUCCAGACAAACACUGGAUACCUCUUAUACAACUCUGGCCCACCAGAGAGCAAGAAAAAAGCAUUGCACUCAGUUUGAUGCAAACAGCAGAUGCUUUAGAUACACUGAGGUUUUUUUAUUUGUAUGUUUAUAUGCCUUGGGAUAGAGAUGAUGAUGACAAUCAUGACUGGAGAGAAAAACAUUUAGAGAGCCGUCUACAAUUCUUCUAUGACUUGAAGAAUGGUGUGAUACCUAGAGGAGUUGCUGAACAUAUUCAUGAUCUGUUGAUAGAAGCAAGGAGGAUGCAGAAUAAAAGGGAAGCUUUGGAAGAAAAACUCAACAGAGAAGAGUAUGAGAUGGAGUUUCAAAAAGAUAUUAGAAAAAACCAAACAACUCAAACUUUACUGGAAAUCCACGUCCGCCUACAAGAAAUCCGGGCUGAAAUCGAUAUUCUAGAAAGUCCCCUACUUCGUGAAGUGAUCAUUAGAAGACAUGACACAAAACCUGUUGCUCCAACACCUAAGCAACACAUUUGGUUGAUAUUCAAUGAGGGCACCACUGCUGACUGUAUUUCUUUCUUGCACCAAGUAGAAACAAGUUUCCCAUUGCAAAAAAUCACAUUCUCUGACAGCUUAGCCUCCAAACUGGAAUCCACAAACUCUGGGGAUAUUUAUCUGCUGAAUGAGAACACUCACACCAUACGUACUAUUGGUGCCCUGGAGAAAGGGGGCACACUCAGAGGAUUCGGCGAUAAAAAUAGGAUUAUUGUGGAUUCCAUCCUGGAGGAUGUUAUGCUGGAUUUCAAUGGGGAUGAAAUUCUCAUUGAAAACUUGACAGUGGACACAAAAUCAGUCCAAUGUGGCAUUUUGGUACGUAAAGGCAAGUGUGUCAUCAGCAACUGUAAAAUCCAGGGCAAUGGAUCAUCUUCCACCCAACAAGGCAUUAUUGUGCUAGCAGAGGCUGAAGUGGUGUUAGAGAAUUGUGAGAUAACUGGGUUUGCAGUGGGGGUGGUUGGAAAUUCUGGAUCAAAAAUCACCUUGAAAAAUUGUGAUCUACAUCAUGGUGAUAUUGGAAUGAAGGUGUUUGACAAAUGUAAAGUUCUAAUGAGCAACACAUUGGUCAGGGAAUUUUCAGAGUUUGGCUUUGUCUUGGAUAGUGAAGUUGCUGAAGCUGCUGUGGGAGAAUUUGAUACUUUAAAUAUGAUUCCAAACAUGCAGCUUGAAAAUAUUCAAGGGACCAAUAAUAUGAAGGGAGAUGCAGCUAUAAUGAGAAAAGAAAAAUUAAAACCAGUAGAGGAUUUGUUCUCAAAUCCAAAUUUAGAUCCUACAAUCAUUGAUUCAGAUGAUAAUGAGGAAAUAAGGAUGUUGUAGUGUAGAUUUUAAAUUUUACCCAAUAUGUGAUAUUUCCAGGGCAAUGGUGCUUCUUUAUUUCAAUAUUUUUGCCAUGUUACAAUGGUAUAGUUUUAUUGUAAAUUUUAAUAGAAUGUAUUGAUGUAUAUUUAUUCUUUCAAUAAAUAACUCAAAUCACUACCAACAUCUAUUUCCCUAGGUUUCUGUCCCCUG